AUAUAGCCUACACAGGGUUAAAACACAACUAUUUCAAACGUCCCGUCAGUUGAAUUUGUUCCACGCAAAUACUUUGAAAUAUCUUGAAAAAUAGGGAAGUUUGCAAUGCUCAGAUAGCCAUAGGCUCUAGGUUUAUUGCAUAUGGAAAGUAUGUAAGCAAAGGAGCCUAUACCUGCAUCUUUUUGUACUACUUCUAAUACAUCAAACAAGACGUUGUAUAGCCAAGUAUUGUUUAUUAUUCAGGUAGAGACCGUCUUGCGCAAUACCAGCAUAUUGGAAGGCACAAUGACUGUAAACCUGUUAAUUGCAAUAAAUAAAGGCAGGUAAAAUAAGAGAAACCAACAUCAUAACAAUAGGCCUACUGUUUAGAAAAUACUAAACUGAAGAGAUGUGGGGAAGUGUCAAUGAUCAUUGUGGAUAACGUGAUGUCCAUGGCUAAGGUAUGACCACUCCAACGUAGCAGGUAUUAGUAGCGCAAGUCCGAUUAAAAGUGGUAGGCAGGAGCGCGGGUGGUAGGCAGGAGCGCGGCGAGAACCGUCAUGCGAGUGGUGAGUGGUGGAGUGUGGCGGCAGAGAGCGCGGCGACUACAGAGAGCUGGAAACUAGUGAAUGGCAAUCUGUCGGGGAAGUUCAACAGACCGCUGUCACAGAGCGACACCGGAGCCCUGCCUAAAACAAAGUGGCUCGUCUUCAAGUCUGGGACGACUGACCAACUCCGAAAAGAGGACACACAAGUUGGCUCGGGCUAGCUGCUAAUCACUUGUUACCGGCGCUUCGCUCCCAGUAACAUGCCUGCCAUCAAAAAGGAGAGACUGGAUGGGGACGUAUUGGCAUUGGCUGCCUUCAACCAGUCCGAAUACCUGGCCCCUUUAAAUGACACCGCUAUCACUGUGGUGACCCCGCACCCACCGCAGUACGACCAUAUUUUCGGACAUCACCGCUUGUACUUGGGGCUCCACGACUCGGCACUGCAUCACCAGCACCUUCACCAUCACCCGGACGACUUAAUGCUGGAGAGGUUUUCCUCCAUCCCCGACUUUCAGCCGUUUUUUGAGAACGGGGAACCAUGCAUCGAGGUGGAGUGCGGGGAGAACAAGGCUUUACUAUACAUUAACAAACUGUGCCAAGGUAGUAAGGGACCCUCAAUCAAAUACCGGGGCGAGUGGCUCACCCCGAAUGAGUUCCAGUUUGUCAGUGGAAGGGAAACCGCCAAAGAUUGGAAACGAAGUAUACGGCACAAAGGGAAAAGUUUAAAGACCCUUAUGUCCAAAGGAAUCUUACAGGUACAUCCCCCAAUCUGUGAUUGCCCUGGGUGUCGAAUUUCGUCUCCAGUGAACCGCGGGCGUUUGGCAGAGAAGCGCACCAUCCCCCUGCCCCCCAACCGUGUGCCCAAGAGGGAGCUCUCCUCCGUCUUUAGCAGUGACGACAGCGAGGGUAGCGACCGCGCCAGCGGAGACCAUGCCCACAUCAAGCAGGAGGAUGAGCUGCAUUACAGUAUCAUGAGAAAGAGUCGUGACAGUGACCUCUCUACGAUCAUCUCCAACCUCCACCAUACCAGACAGCACGGCAUGCCCGAGAGCCAGCCCGCCACCGACCUCAGCACCAACACAGGACACACAGAUAACCUUCUAGGCAAGAGGAGAGCCUACUCCCCCAACAGCAGCAGCAAGUGCCCCUCGGACAUCAAGAAGUCGCGCAGCGUUUCCCCCAAAGAGAAAUCCCACACCCCUGUGCUGGAGGGGGGCGGCCACAGUCACAUGACCCCGGAGGAGCACUACAGGCGGAUGAUGUCAGCGCUGAGCGAGCAGGGCGAGGAGCAGCAGCAGCGCCUCUACCAGCUGGCCAACAACAUGGGCCUGCCCAGCCAUGAUCUGUUGCGAGUGCGCCAGGAGGCCCUGGCAGCAGUGAGGAACACAGGAGGUUUGGAGGCCCAUCUCCCUUCGGCAGGCAGCUCGUCCAGCCAGAGACGCAAGCAGGGCCUGCCCCAGCACAGAGACGCCCACUACACCGAGAGGGAGAUGUCCCAUCCUCCUCCUCUGCUGUCCACCCAGAACGGCCCUCACAUCACAUUGGGACCCCACCUGCGGCCCCCCUUCUUGGCCAUGCCCUCCUCCCUGUGCCAGUCCCCCGGCUAUGGUUUCCUCCAGCCUGCCCAAGCUGAAAUGUUUGCCCGGCAACAGGAAAUGCUUCGGAAGCAGAACUUGGCCAGGUUGGAGAUGUCAGCAGAACUGCUCAGACACAAGGAGCUGGAGAGUCUCCACAGGCAGCAGCAGCAGCGUGCGUUGGGGGGGUCUGACCCCAUGGGCCUACCCCAUGGCCUCCCUCCGGACCAUCCCGCCCUGCGCAGUCUCCACCACCUGCCCGAGGGACACCCCCUCCACGAGGAGCUCAGCCGACGCCAAAACGCCAUGCUGAUGCUCCGACACACCAGCACCCCUUUACUCUCCCUCAACCACCAGGGGCCCUCGGGGUCCACAACGCCCAAAGAUACCCAGGGACAAGGCUCCGGGGCUGGGGCCGGAUUGAGUAAGGGGGGCUCACGGAAAGGCCCCCAGCAACCCAGGGGGGGAGACCACCAAGAGAGGGAGGGCCGAGGGAGGGACGGAGAUGCAGAUGGGCAGGAUGAAGAAAUGAAGGACUCGGAUAGCGAGACGGAGAUGGGCGAGGAUAGGCAUGAGGGAUUGUUUGCCAAGGCAGCCGACUGGCAUGGGCUUCACAGGGACAGGGGGAAAGAGAGCGGCGGGAAGGGGGGGUGUGACGGUGCCAAAGAGGCGGGCGAGGGCUCGGGUCGGCUUAGUGCCCCCUGUAGCUCGGCGGGUGCAGAUUCACCACCCGGUCAUCACCUCUUCACCCCGGGGCUGGGCAAGAGCGAUGUCAAGUACCACUUUCCACCUGGCGCCAUGCCUCCGCUGCCAGGGCUCCACGGCCAGUCGCUGCCCUUUGGAUUUCCCUACACAAGCCCCUACUUCCACACUGGCGGUAUGGGAGGUCUGUUAAUGGACAGUGAGGACUCUGCGGCGCCCCCGGUGGAGGACAUAAGCAAGUGGAGUGUGGAGGAGGUGUGUGGUUUUGUGGGAGGCCUGGCCGGCUGUGCGGAGUACACACAGGUGUUUCGGGAGCAGGCCAUCGACGGAGAGACACUCCCGCUGCUCACAGAGGAGCACCUGCUCAACACCAUGGGACUGAAGCUGGGCCCUGCGCUCAAGAUACGCUCUCAGGUGGCGCGGCGCGUUGGCAGACUCUUCUACAUGACCAGCUUCCCGCUGGCACUCCCGGUGCCGCCAUCUGCCCUGCGUCCCCCGGACAGGGACCCCCUUCUGUCCGACACCCUUCUGGCGGUCCCACUGCGACCCCCCUCCGUCGCCAGCAGCAGCUCCUCUCCCUACAGCGGCCCUCCGCCCCCAUGUCACUCCUCCCCCAAGCAGGAGAACGGCUCCGCAUCAGGGGUCUACGAGGGGGCCAAGACGCCCUCCUAGGACUCAACAGGCUGCACAGGGAGCAUGAACUGUAGAGGAGGAGGAGGGGUGUAGAGAGGGUUCAGAGAAACCCCAUGUAACAGACAUAGAACUGUCCCCAUUUCAUGUAAAAUAUCAAAAAACUACAACUAAAGAAAAUGAACUGAACAGACUUCAACUUCAAGUUCCACUGUGGCUGUAGCCAAGCAGAAUCCAAAGACGUGACCGACAGUGAGCUGGAGCGAGAGACGUCAUGAAGCGACAGAGGGAGAGAGAGAAAGAGAGAACGAGAAAGAGAGGGAGGGAGCAGACAGCUGGUCUCAGUCAGAUUGCCAAAAAAAAGAGCGAAGCGCCACAACUACGACAUUCUUCUGAGUGAGACAGACAGACGCUAACGGAAACUAUUCCUUCCUGGGCUGAAGGAAGCCCCCCCCCCACCCCCCUCUCGCUCUCUCUGCUCCACAACACACCCGGCGGCGCCCAGCACUUAAAAGGAAGACGCCUCUUCCCUCUUUUCUCUCACUCACUUUUCUCCCCACUCCCAGUCUCAGGAGCCCAAACAGCUCAGAGGAACUGAGAAUUCCGGAGGCUGGAGCGAAAGGACUCAAAACCCCCCUCAUUAUUGCAACUAUGCAUUCCACAGUCCAAAACCAAAGAUUACCGGAUGUGUGGAAUCAGGACGAUAUUUCAUGUUUGUUUCUGGUGUUUUAUUUUGUUUUGUUUUUGCUUUGUGGGAAAAAAUGUGUAGUCUUAGGGAGGUGUGGUAUAUUAAGGAGAACAGUGGGCCAGGUACCAUAUAACUGUCUUUAAGAGACAAAGGGGGACUCUUUGAAAGGUGACAAAGGCACACAACACAGUGUUGUGCCCAGAAGCCAACAGUCUACGCUGAGUUGUUUCUCUGACACGCCCUGAUAAAAAAGGGCCAAAUGUUACUGAUAUGGGAUGGUGACGAAACGGCUCAUAGAGCUAAUGUCAUUGGAAAAUCCUGUUAACUACUGUGGGAGAUACAAACACGCUGAAUUGUACAGAAUGAUGCUUAUGAUGGAAAGAAGGUUGCAGAUGUGUUUCGGGGGUUCAUUAAAUGUAGUUGCACGAAUAACGUUUUCUUUGUGACUGAGCAAAAUGUGACUCGCUUAACUUUUGGUGGUACUUUUCUUACGGACGUUUUUGUUGGCCGUUUUAUUUUCUCCAAAUUGUAUAUUAUUAAAAGAAAGCCCCAAUCUUGAAUGCUACUUCAGCAGAUUAAUAUGAGGGAAUAAUAUUUAUUAGGACUUUUGAUGUACAGUGCCUUCCGAAAGUAUUUACACCCCUUGACUUUUUAAGUAUUUUGUUGUGUUACAGCCUGAAUUUAAAAGGGAUUCAAUUUAGAUUUUGUGUCACUGAUCUACACACAAUA